GCCGGGCCGGCAGCCGCCCAUCGGAGCUCCGGGCGCGGGCGAGCCGAGCCGUCCUCCGGGGCCCCUCCCGGGCCGCCGGGCCGCGAUGACAGCUAUGCCGGAGGUCGGGCGGGGAGCAGGGCGCGGGGCCGUUGUGCGGCGGAGACGGGGGCGUGCCCGCCUGUCCUCCUCCGGGACCGACCGCGGGGAGGAGCCGGCGCCCGCACCCGGGGCCUUCGGGUUGUUUGUCUUGUGAGCGGCUGGUCCCCAGAGCCCGGAGCCUCCGGGAGUGAUUUACAGGACUCAGAGCCCUGGAAAGUCACCCGGCCUCGGGGCACCCACCGUCUGGCUUAUAUUUCCUCCUGCCCCCACCCUCCUGCCGUCCCAGCCUCCGCAGCCGCCCUGCUGAUCCCGGUGACCUGGCAACCCCGGACUGCGACCCCAGUGCUGGAGGCCCCUCGCCCCACCGUCAGACAGCCGAGCCUCUGCUGGAGGGAAGAGAGGAGGCGAGUCCCCACGAGCAUCCUUACUCACUUCCUGGGAUUAAGAACCUAUUUAUGAAGCAUCUUAUUUUAUGACCGAAGCUCCACAUCCAGGGAGACGUCAAUGGCCCAGCUUCCCCCUGGCAUUCGCUUCAUCGUCUCGUUCUCCAGGGAUCAGUGGUACAGAGCCUUCAUUUUUAUUUUGACAUUUUUGCUGUAUGCAAGUUUUCACUUAUCUCGAAAGCCUAUCAGCAUAGUUAAGGGUGAAUUGCACAGCUACUGCACGGCUUCAAAUGAUGGGAAAGUCAGAUUCAGCAGCCAGAGCCAAAAAGCCAGAGAUGCCCCUGCUCACCAGCUCCCAGACAAUGGGACUGACUGUGGCUGGGCCCCGUUUGAUCAGGAAAACUACCAACAGCUGCUCGGAGCCCUGGACUACUCCUUCCUGUGCGCGUACGCCGUCGGCAUGUACCUGAGUGGCAUAAUAGGGGAACGCCUCCCCAUCCGGUAUUACCUAACCUUCGGGAUGCUGGCCAGCGGUGCCUUUACUGCCCUGUUUGGGGUAGGGUACUUCUACAACAUCCACAGUUUCGGGUUCUACGUGAUAACUCAGAUCAUCAAUGGACUUGUGCAGACCACAGGCUGGCCCAGCGUUGUCACCUGCCUCGGGAACUGGUUUGGAAAAGGCAGGCGAGGUUUGAUUAUGGGAGUCUGGAACUCUCACACAUCCGUGGGCAACAUCCUGGGCUCCUUGAUCGCUGGCUACUGGGUGUCCACAUGCUGGGGCCUGUCCUUCAUCGUGCCCGGGGCCAUCGUGGCUGCCAUGGGGAUCCUGUGCUUUCUGUUUCUCAUCGAACAUCCGAAGGACAUUGCCUGCUCUUCCUCCCCGGCCACGCAUCCAAGAGGCUACGAGAAUGGUGCGCAUAGGUUCCGGCCGCAGAAGCCAGUCCCAGCCGAGAAGUCUCCGGACCCAGAGAUGCAGCGUCUACUACUGUCGGAUGGGAAACACUCUGGCCACCAGAACCACGUGGUCAUCCUCCCGGCAGACGGUGGGGGCGGCAUGGCAGCCAUCAGCUUCACAGGGGCCCUGAAGAUUCCCGGCGUGAUAGAGUUCUCUCUGUGUCUGCUGUUUGCGAAACUGGUCAGCUACACGUUCCUUUUCUGGCUUCCACUCUACAUCACAAAUGUAGAUCACCUUGAUGUCAAGAAGGCCGGGGAGCUCUCCACCUUGUUCGACGUGGGUGGGAUCUUCGGUGGGAUCCUGGCAGGUGUGAUCUCCGAUCGCCUGGAGAAAAGGGCCUCCACCUGCGGCCUGAUGCUGCUGCUCGCGGCCCCGACGCUCUACGCGUUCUCCUCCAUCAGCAAAAUGGGGCUGGAAGCCACCAUAGCCAUGCUGCUCCUCAGCGGGGCCCUGGUCAGCGGGCCGUACGCGCUCAUCACGACUGCCGUGUCCGCCGACCUGGGGACACAUAAAAGCCUAAAGGGAAACUCCCAUGCCCUGGCCACCGUGACCGCCAUCAUUGACGGAACCGGGUCUGUAGCACAUGAAAAGCUUCUGCAUGCUGGAAGACAUGAGGUCAUCAGGAGACUCGUGGGCCGAGCGCGGUUCUCGGGGGCUGAGCAACCCCGCAGCAUCCUCCCCACUUUGUCUGCAGAGCCCUCUGUCUGAGUCCAGGGGCUGAGCAACCCCACAGCAUCCUCCCCGCUUCAUCUGCAGAGCCCUCUGUCUGAGUCCAGCCCCUGCUGCCACUGUGACACCCUUUUCUGAAAGCAGACAGAGCUCAGCUAGCGGUGCUGACUGAUUUUAAAGCAGGGGAUGAAGGGUUGAAAAAGAGGAAAUGAUGAAGCAGCUGGAAGGCCACGUAUUUCUUGAUUUCCUUCCCAAAACAAGAGGGAAGCAGAAGUCCUUUGCCCAAGGUGGAGGCUCAGCAUCUAUGCACUGGGGCAGCUAUGCACUGAGCCACAGGAGAAACCAAAGCCCAGCUGUGAACUCCUCCCACCCCCACGGAAGGACGGCAGGGGGCGACUCAGACCACCUCAACCUCUACACUCCUCUGUGUUCAGUGCUGACCAUCCAGAGCCAUCAUUCCCACCCAUGCGUCAGGGUCUGGCUGGACUCGAACUCCCCCAGGCUGUGCCAGCCCCAGUGCACAAGGACCCUGGAGGUGGUCGCCAUGGAAAUGGCACGCAGGCUCGUCCACCACUGCGUCUGCCUCGUCGUUUCUCUGCUUAAGUGCUGCCCAAGGACACCCAAGCCGAGCAAGGCUCAAGUGGGAACACACAGUUUCAGCAAAAUUCCGGUUCUCAAGGGCAUAUGCCCCGAUAUGUUUGUUAAAUGUCGUAAAUGUUGGUUCCUUUGGAGGCAGAGUUUGAUUGAUUAUAAAUGAGCCGAAAGUGCUAGCCUGCCCAGUCAUGUCCGACCCUUUGCGGCCGCAUGGACUGUAGCCACUAGGCUCCUCUGUCCAUGUAAUUUUCCAGGCAAGAAUACUGGAGUGGGUUUCCAGUUCCUCCUCCAGGAGAUAUUCCCGACCCAGGGAUCGAACCCGGGUCCACUGUGUCGCCUGCAUCACUGGCAGUCUCUUUACCCACUGAGCCGUCGGAGAAGCCUCAUGAGCGGAACGCCUUCUUGCAGUUCACCGGAGCUGACGGUUCCAGGGAUGUGUAUGAUGUGUUCACAGUGCUGAGCACUGCACCCCAGGAGCUGCAAGCUGGUUCUUUCUAUAUGUUUAUGCAAUUCAUUAGAGCCCUGACGUUCUUCAAGUUCAUUUUCAUUUUCUCGAAGUAACACAUGAUGUCACUUGAGAAACCAGAUAGCCUUAGAAACUAUCCUCAGUCUAAACUUAGAAACUAUCUAAGAAAAUAUCUGAACUUAGAAACUGCACUAAAUUUAAAAUGAUAGUUGCCUGCCCACGGCACCCUCCAGAAUUGUCUCCAGAGUCAGGGUCUUCUAGCUCUGUCAUCACCACAGGAAAGCCUCUUGUUACCCUUAGCAAGAACUCCAUCUCUGACCUCUGGUCUUCCCCCUCAGAGGUCCCCAGCUCCCUGUAUCUCUGUAGCCUCUCUGCAUCCCUGCUCCCACCCAGCCUGGAAACAGAUGCCCUUGAUCGCUGGGAAACUGUGGUGUGUUUUUGACAAGUUUCCUCCACUGUCUUCCUGGAAAACUUAGCGGACAAUGUUUAGCUUUCUGGAGUCAUCCUUCAGUUCUCUUUUCUUUGUCUGCCUGUGUCUUUGUUCUUUUCCUCCAUCUUCUCAGAGAGCCUCUUGGCUUUCCUUUCCUGCUUCCUCACUUGACUUUUUAUCUUCACCGUCACAGUGUUCUAUUCAUUGGUGUCAUUCUGACCUUUUAAUCCCUCCUGUUCUUUCUUCUUGGAUGCGGUGCUAUGGGAUUGAAUCCUGGGCAGUCGCUGGUGUUAGAUGGUUUUCAGACAUAGACGUGGGGGUUUCACACAUUUCAACUUCAUUCUCUGGUUCUUGUGAGUGUGACACGCUUUCCUAGGAAUGUUUUUCUCCCCGGUUUGUUUAUUUCCUCCAGGUUCCCCUCAAACCAGAUUAUUUUCUUUCUUGUCGAGGCUUUCCUCUGAUAAGAGUGAACCUUGGCUGUCUCCUCGUGUAUUCAUGUUUAAGACGGAGCUUAAUCACUCAUUAAAAGGCUUUUCUGCGCAGCAGGCAUGGGGGAGUGUGUAAACUGUUGGUCUUUGGGGUCUGAGUGGGGUCUGGAGGAGGAGACCCCCAGUACCCCUGGGGGUGUGCCCCAGCAUUCCUGCUGUUGUGAGGGAGGGGGCGGUGUGAAGGAUUUUAGUUCUCCAACCAGGGAUCGAAUCUAUGCCCCUGCAAUGGAAACACAGAGUCUUAACCACGGGACCACAGGGAAGUCCCCUUAAUGUGUGUGUGUGUGUGUGUGUGUGUGUGUGUGUGUGUGUGUUAAUUACGAGUAAGGUGCUAGGGACUCCCUCACGUUUACUGGGCCUGGGUAUUUGGGUGGUCGCGGUCCAGCGUCCUCUGCACACAGCACCACACGUGUCC